AUGAUCACCAAAGGGCUUCUUGUUCUUGGAUCGGCAAUUCCUGCCCUGGCAGGUCAGCUUGCCGAACGCCAGAGCUCGCCUCUCAGCAACUGCCCUGGCUACAGGGCCAGCAAUGUCCAGAAUCUGGGUUCCCGGGUUACCGCAGACCUUAGUCUUGCCGGUACAGCUUGCAAUGUCUAUGGCGAUGACCUGACCAACCUCAAACUCGAGGUCGAGUAUCAGACUGAGGACCGACUUCACGUAAAGAUCUAUGACUCUGCCGAGCAAGUCUUCCAAAUACAAGAGUCGGUCUGGCCUCGCCCCUCAGACAAUAAAAACAUUGCUCCAGAACAGUCGGCUUUGGCUUUCACCUGGACCGACAGCCCGUUUUCUUUUGCCAUCAAGCGCAGGGCAACCAAUGAGACGCUCUUCGACACCUCGGCAGCUUCUCUCAUUUUCGAGACGCAGUACCUCCGUCUGAGAACGAGUCUGCCGCGUUCCCCGAACCUGUACGGUCUCGGUGAAUCAACGGAUUCUUUCCAUCUCAACACCACCAACUACACGCGUACGCUUUGGAACCGCGACGCUUACGGCACACCACCCGGUACCAACCUGUAUGGAUCUCACCCAGUCUACUUUGAUCACCGCGGCAGAAAUGGCACGCAUGGUGUUUUCUUAGCCAGCUCUGAAGGUAUGGACAUCAAGAUUGACGACUCGGACGGCCAAUUCCUUGAGUACAACACUCUCGGCGGAGUUCUUGAUUUCUACUUCCUUGCCGGACCCGGACCAAAAGAAGUCGCAACUCAGUACUCAGCUCUUUCGGGUCUGCCUGCUAUGAUGCCAUACUGGGGUUUCGGUUCGCAUCAGUGCAAGUACGGAUACCGUGAUGUCUGGGAGGUCGCUGAGGUCGUAGCAAACUACUCAGCUGCUGGUAUUCCGCUUGAGACCAUGUGGACCGACAUCGACUACAUGGAGCUUCGGCGCCUGUUCACACUUGACCCUGAGCGUUACCCGCUCGAGCUUGUUCGCCAACUUGUAGAAUAUCUGCAUGCCCACCAGCAGCACUACAUUGUCAUGGUCAACUCUGCUGUGUGGAGUGGCGAUUAUGAUGCCUACAGGAACGGUGCUAAACUCGAGGUUUUCCAAAAGAAGAGAAACGGAACAUUCCACCAGGGCGCCGUAUGGCCGGGCCCUACGGUCUUCCCUGACUGGUUCCAUCCAAAAACCCAAGAGUACUGGGAUGGAGAAUUCGCACGUUUCUUUGACCCUGCUACUGGCGUUGAUAUCGACGGUCUGUGGAACGACAUGAACGAGCCUGCCAACUUCUGCCCAUAUCCUUGUCCGGACCCAGAAGCGUACUCCGAGGAGUCUAAGAACCCGCCGAAGCCGCCGCCAGUGCGUGAUUCCGCAGGCGGUCGUCGCAUCCCCGGCUUCCCAGCAGGUUUCCAGCCGUCAUCUAACUCUAGUGCUGCAAGACGUUCCGUAGAAGCUGCUGCCUCAGCUGCUCAGUAUAUCAAACGAAGUGGCUCUAAGCGUCAGGCUUCUAACAACACCCAAGAUCUUGCUGCGCAUCGUGGACUUCCUGGUCGUGAUUUGAUCAACCCUAAGUACCAAAUUCAGAAUGCCGCGGGCUCAAUCAGCAACAAGACAAUGGAUACGGAUAUUCAGAAUUACGAUGGUACUUACCACUACGACACACAUAACUUCUGGGGCUCAAUGAUGAGCAUUGCCUCCCAUGCAUCCAUGCAAAAGCGCCGUCCCGAAAGGCGCCCGUUCAUCAUCACCAGGUCAUCUUUCGUUGGCCUUGGUUCUUACCUUGGAAAGUGGCUCGGCGACAACGUUUCUGAGUGGGCGCAAUACCGCUUCUCGAUUGCCGGCGUCCUCAACUUCAACACCAUUUUCCAGAUUCCCAUGGUUGGUCCCGAUAUCUGCGGUUUCGCGGGAAACACGACAGAAACCCUGUGCGCGCGAUGGGCAACUCUUGGUGCUUUCUAUCCAUUCAUGAGGAACCACGCUGGAGACACUUCGAUUAGCCAGGAAUACUACCGCUGGCCUUUGACCAUGGCUGCAGCCAAGAACGCAAUCGCAGUCAGGUACAGGCUGUUGGAUUAUUUCUACACUGCUUUCCAUCGCCAGACGACUACCGGAUUGCCGAGCUUGAACCCUCUAUUCUUCCACUAUCCCUCCGACUCCAAGACGUUUGCCAUUGAACACCAAUUCUUCUACGGCGACAGCAUCCUUGUCUCGCCUGUUUUGGAAGAAAACUCGACUUCUGUGUCCAUCUAUCUGCCCAACGACGUCUUCUACGACUACUGGACCGGCAAGCGCGUGCAAGGAAAUGGCGAGUACAUCAACUUGACCGACGUGGGUUUCGACACCAUCCCACUGCACGUCAAGGGCGGCUCGAUCCUGCCUCUUCGCGCCGAAUCCGCCAACACCACCACUGAGUUGCGAAAGCAAAACUUUGUCCUCUGGAUCGCACCCAACGCCACCAACCAAGCCACGGGAUCUCUCUACCUCGAUGAUGGCGACUCGCUAAACCAGACAUCCACAUCCAUGAUCAGCUUCACUUUCAACAAUGGCGCCUUCAGCAUGACGGGCGACUUUGGCUACAAGACCAACUCGGUAAUCCAGAAUAUCACCAUCCUCGGUACCAGCCAGAGCCUCCAGGGCCCAGUGCCUCUGACUGGAAACUGGCAGCACAACUUUGGUGCUGGCGCAGGCAUUCCCCUGUCCUCGGGCGACGCAACGCAAAAGCGUUUCGGGCCCGCCGCGGUAUGGGCUACAGUCUUGUGUUCUGCCAUUAUCUUGUUGACCUUGUAAAAAAAAAGUGAUGUGGAGACGACGACGAUGGCAACAAGUAAUGUAUAUAGGUAGCG